UAACAAACCUGCAAAAAUUAAGAGAGAGAAAUGGCAGCAGAGAGUGAGUGCAUAAAGUCACAUGCUAUAAUGAUAUCAGCCCCUUACCAAGGUCACAUAAACCCCUUUGUCAGUCUUGCUCUCAAGCUUGCUUCUAAUGGCUUUUCCAUCACUUUUGUUCAUUUCGAAUUCGUACACGACAAAUUAUCCAAGGCCCUCCAUAGCAAUAAUAAUGAAGUUGAUUUAUUCUCUGAAGCUCGAGAAUCAGGUCUUGACAUACGUUACACAACCAUUGCUGAUGGUUUUCCUUCUGAAUUUGAUCGGGAACUUCACUUUGAGGAAUAUUGGGAGUCCAUAACGUUCGAUUUUCAAUCUAUAAUCGACGAAUUUGUCGGCAAGACAAUUGAAUCUGAUCCAUAUUCAGUCCAUUUCUUGGUUGCCGACACUAUUUAUGUAUGGCCUGGAAAAAUUUCCGACAAGUACAACCUUAUCAAUGUUUCACUCUGGACUCAACCAGCCCUGGUGUUUUCUUUAGGUUAUCACAUAGAGCUUCUAAGAGAAAAGGGUCAUUUCCCAUGGGGAGGCAAUAUAGAUGAGGAAAUAAACUACAUUCCAGGAGUUGAGUCAAUAAGCACAAGCGACUUGAUGCCGUAUCUUAUAAAAGCAGAAUCACAAAUCUUACGAACCCGAAUUUGUUCCGUGGCAUUCGAACAGGUAAAGAAGGCGGAUUUUAUCCUACACAACAAUGUAUAUGAGUUAGAAUCUCAGACACUCUCAGCCCUCAGCAAAUACCAACCAAAUUACACAAUUGGCCCUGUUAAGUUCUCCAAGAAUAUUCCAACAAAUGAUGUCAGCAAGAGUUUUUGGUCGGAAUCAGACUGCACCAACUGGCUAGACUCCAAGUCCCGCGGCUCGGUUUUGUACAUUUCGUUUGGAAGUUUUGUUCAGACAAAUAAGCAGGUGAUUGAAGAAGUGGCUUAUGGGCUUCUUCUGAGUGAAGUGAACUUCAUUUGGGUGAUUCGACCAGGCAUCCUCGGUUCUCCUGAUAGCAAUGUUUUACCAUUUGGAUUCGUGGAUGAAAUAAAUAUUAAGGAUAAAGGGUUAAUUAUUCCGUGGUGCGAUCAGAUUAAGGUUCUUUCAAAUCCAGCCGUUGGGGGGUUCUUGACACAUUGUGGGUGGAAUUCGACGUUGGAGAGUAUGUGGUGUGGGGUGCCCAUGAUUUGUUACCCUAUAGACUGGGAUCAACCUACUAAUAGGAAAUUAGUGGUUGAUGAUUGGAAGAUUGGGGUUAAUCUUUGUGAUUACGGAACAUCAGUUGAUAGGAAACAAGUUGCUGAGAAGAUUAAGCAAUUAAUGAGCGGGAUUAGUUCUAAGAGCUUGAGGCAAGAAGCAGAUAACGUAAAGACGAUCUUGCAUAAGGCAGUCGAAAUUGAUGGAUCGUCCGAGAGAAACUUUGCUCAAUUUAUCAAGGAUUUGAGGGCGAAACUUCAAGAAACGGCUUUCAAUUUGAACUAGCACUGCCUGAUCACUUUUUGUAAUGAUUAUUCCAAAAUUUCAAAUAGUUAGAAGUAGGAAUUGAUCAUUAACCAGAACUAACGGCAGAGCUUUUCAAUUAUAAGAAACUAGAGCAGAAAGUGAAUUCGAGUUAAUUAAAAUGACUCGUGUUCACUCAGUUACAAUAUUCCCUGAUUUCAGCUCUAUCAAACAAUUCUUGUACA